GCCGCAACAUUCUUAGCGUAAAAGUUACCGUGGAUGGUUUACUCUAUGUAAUUUGCGAUGUUAAGUUGAUACCCUUUUAGUUUACCCUUCGAAAAGUGCGCGAACGAAUUAUUUUUCGAACUACGACUGUACAAUAAUGAUUGUUUUUCUUGUGUCGACGGUGACACAACCAAGCAUUAUGGACUGGGAAUUUUGUGCAAUGUGCAAUUAUACGACACGUUGAUGUGGUUCAUUGGAAAAAAUGAAUAGAAACGGCAGUAGAAGAAUCCCUGAGUUCCACGAUGAGCACUGUUGCGCGGGAAAUGGCAUCGGGAAUUUCCGGCGCACUUCCUCACUGCGUCUGCGCGGUGAGAAAAUGGUGCAGCGGUCGCCGCUUUCCACCAGGAAAUUAAUUCCAAUAAUCACGGAAAAUAAUCACCAAAAACACCGGUGCGAUGGGGCUCGAGGCUGUGAGCCCAACCAUCGCCCGCGGAGUCAUUCAUUCACCUCCAAUGUUCAAAAUAAAACAAAAAAAUCCUAUCUAAAACCUCAGGAGUCUUACUUAGACAGAAAGUUGAGCAUGACCGACUCCGCAAACACCCCACCCGGAUCUCCUGAAGAGUUGCCUGAUGAUGAUUCUCUGCACAGCUAUGGCAGCGCUGCAACUGCUGCCUCAGUUGAUGCUGGCUAUGCACCAUUCAAUGGCACAACCUUUAGUGGCAGGUCCAUGCGAUAUGUCCUACAUUGCUCAUCACAUGCAGGGUUGGCAGGUGAAGAGUAUCUCACACCAACACAGCGUGCUCAAAAACAGAUUCGCAGACUCAAAAACCUCCUCCAUCAUGCCAAGAAAGACUUAGAAAAAAAAGACAGUGAGAUUUUUCAACUAACCAAAGAAGUAGUGGAAUUACGAUUAUAUAAGGCGUCUGUGUGCUCCCCAGAUGAGAAAUCUAACUCAAGCGAAAUAGUGACCAUUAGAGAAAACGCUGAAGAUGGUUCUCUGGAGCAGGAUAGUCCAAAGCAAUCUGAGCCUUGCAUACACUUUGAUGUCACAGAUGGUCCACUAUACAAAGAUGAAACGCCUACUAGAUGCCGUAAUGAAAUGCAAGGUUCAUUCACUGAUUCUGGUCACUUUGAUGAUCUCACUAACUCUUCUUUACAUUCUAAGGAAUCUGUACAUAUGUUGACUCAUGAGGCUUCAUGUAUGACUGAUAUAGGAGGUGGUGAGGAUGACCAUCGUAGUUUAAUAGCAUUUUAUGAGAAGAAAAUUGAGGAUGUUAUGAGAGCACAUGUUGGGGAGACUCAGGAGCUCAAGGAAAGUCAUAAUGAUAGGGUGGAAGCAUUAUUGCAGAAAUUGGCAGAUGUUAAUACUCGUUAUUGUGAAUUGCUGCCGAACUAUGAGCAAGCAAGAGAAAGAAUUCAUGCAUUGGAAAAACAGCUGGAGGACGCUAAUAGACAGCUGCAGGACGGAGAGAGCAAGCAUCGCUCUAUGUAUUUGCAAAUGUACAACAAAGGAGUUGAAGCUGCCAAGUUUGAGUUGGACAAGGAUGGAGAUCAAGGGCCAUGUCAAGAUCAAGUGAACCGGGUGUCUGUUGAGGAAUUACUGCAGCAACUGCAGAUAACUCAGACCGAACUUGAGAAUGUCCGAGACACGGCAUUCACAACGGACCGAACAGCAAAAUCACAAGUACUUCUAAGCGCAAAGGAGGCUGUUUCUUUAUGGGUCCUAGGAGCUCGAAAGGCCAUGUACCGUCGCAUCAUCGAAGCCCAAAAAGGCAACAAGACUCAUAUCGACCCCGAAGUUACUCUGCAGUUCCUAAAAUCGGCUAUCUACUACUUCCUCACAGACCCUGAAAACCAUCAAGGCCACUUAAGCGCAAUUGAAAAUAUACUAGGAUUCACAGAGGCUGAAAAGAAAAACAUUCGGAAAGCCAGGCCUACAUAGGAAAGACUGCUGUGAACGUGUGAUAAUGUCCAUAAAUGUUGCUAUUUAGGUUUAAAUAGAUUAAUUAUUGCAUGUCGUCAAAGACGAUUAGGUAAACUAAGACUAAGCUACACUGUGCACAUUAUUUUACUUUAAACUGGUACAAAUCCAGGUGCGUAGCAUAAUAUCACAUAAUAACUUUAUUUGCGGUGAUUGUUCUCUUAGGUUUUUAUAGAUUAAGUUUUACAAUCGAAUUUAUUUGCCUUGUAUUUUUUGUGAUUCUCCUUAGUUAUUAAGCACCAAAGAAUUUUUAAUUUCCUUCUAAAUUGUGCAAUUUUGACUUAAUUUUACAGUCGGGAAUUUAGUGGUAUACUAAACUGGUAUACCAAAAUAAUAUUGUAUGAUGUUGUUUAUAAGAAUUUAUUUUGCCUUUAGUGUUGUUUAAUUAUAUUAUGUUUUGUUUUGCAUGCUGGGCAGUAUUAACAUUUUAACGUGUUGUUUGUUUUCCAUUCAAUUAUUUAAUUUUAAAGUAUUUUUUAACUAUCACACACCGAAAAUAACCAUAAAGACUAGUUUUAAUAUGUACAUAAUAUUUUGUUGUGUCCAAAAGAUGAUUUUGCAUCUAAAAAUCCACAAUCAAACACGUUAAAAUUCGUCAGUGUGGUUAUACUCGUACUUCUCUUGAUAUGAACUUUAGGUAUUUAUUGUAGAAUUUACGCAGAUAAAAAUCUUGCCACUUUUGUGAUUCACGUUACCUUUGCAUAAUAUUGUUGUGUUCCUACCUCUAUACAUUUUACUUUAAUUUUUAUAUUUCUUUUCAAUUUGUAAAUUGUAAAACUAUGAUCUUUCUACAAGUACAUUUUGUAUGCAGCUGAUUUUAAAGAGUAGCUUAUUUUACAGUUAGCAAAUUGUAAAGAUUUUACAGUAAAUUAGUUCAAAUAUAUAAAGUAAUUUUAGGACAGAAGACAAAUUAUACAUACUUAUCUAACUCAAGUUUAUGGUUAGCAAUUCAAUACAAAACUGUCCGAGUUUGCAACCAACGCUGUUCACUUAGUAGUUAAUGUGGUUUUUGCUUUUGUCCAAUCAAAAGAUGGAUCCUACUUGGUUCUCACUAUUUUUUAGACUGCAGUAUUACAUGACAUCUAAACUGUGACUUACUCGUCUUUGUCCAAAUUAAAAAAAUAUUC